AUGGGUCAAUUUGCAACCCAAUUGAACGCGAGGCCAGCCAGUACAGUACCGUCAAAUAUGGAAGAUCCUCGAAAGGGCAUCAAUGAGCAAUGGAAAGCCGUAAGUUUGAGGAAUGGAAGACAAUUGGAAGAAGUGACGAAGAAGGCGACAAGCAAGAAUGGAGGAGAGCAACGAGAAACAGAAGUUGAGACUCAGGCAGAUCCACCAGGUGAGAAAAGGGUCGUUGCGCCUAAGCCGACCCCACAGGUACCUUAUCCUCAACGCCAGAUAAAGGCGAAGAAUGAGUCGUAUUACAAAAGUUUUCUUGAGCAAUUGAAUGGAUUACAUAUUAAUAUUCUAUUUACUCGAGCACUUGAACUAAUGCCUCAUUGGGUAAAAUUUUUGAAAGACAUGGUAUCGAAGAAACGGAAAUUCGGUGAACAUGAGAUGAUAGCCUUAACCGAACAAUGCAGUGCCAUUCUUACUCGCCCAAUUCCACCAAAGCUUGGAGACCCGGGUAAGUUUACGAUUCCAGUCGCUAUCGGAGGAGAUAUAAAAUUGGUAUCUGUGACUUUACAGUUAGCCGAUAGAUCACUCAUAUACCCAAAAGGAAUAGUAGAGGAUGUGUUAGUUAAAGUAGAUAAAUUCAUCUUUCCUGUAGAUUUUGUAGUUCUUGAUAUGGAAGAAGAUAAAGAAAUUCCUUUGAUUUUGGGAAGACCUUUUUAG